AUGUCACCUUUUGAGGUGUUGUACGGGGGGAAGUGUCAAUCACCAAUUUGUUGGUUGGAGCUUAUUGAGAAGAAGCUGAUUAGCCCAGACCUAGUCCUUAAAGCAGAAGAAAAAGUUAUGGUCAUUGAGAACCACUUAAAGAUUUCCCAAGACCGUCAAAAAGCAUACGCUGAUAAAAGAAGGAAACAUGUAUCUUAUGAAGUUGGUGACAAGGUGUUUCUUAAGGUUUCAACCUGGAAGAAGAUAAUUCACUUUGGGUUAAAAAGGAAGCUCAAUCCAAGAUUCAUCAGACCUUAUGAAAUUCGGGAGCACAAAAGGCUAGUAAUAUAUCGAUUAGCUUUUUCACCAAAAAUGUCUAAGAUCCACAAUGUGUUCCAUGUGUCGAUGUUGCAAAGAUAUCGCCCUGAUCCAAACCAUGUGGUUCAAUUAGAGGCAUUGGAGGUGGAGCCAAAUUUGUCUUACGAAGAAGAGUUCGUCUGUAUCCUAGAUAGAAAAAUCAAAAUGCUUAGAAAUAAAGAAAUACCCUUGGUCAAGGUGUUGUGGAAGAACCAUAAAGUUGAAAAGGCUACAUGGGAAAGAGAAAACUCAAUGAAAGAACAGUAUCCUCAUCUCUUCGAAGGUACGAAAUUUUAA